UUAGCACAUAAGUCCAUAAUGUUUGUUUCUUCAUCUUGAUUCACGAUAUUAUCCAGUGAAGAAGUGUUGAAUGGAUCAAGGUCUGUGCCAAUUUUGCAAACUGGAAACUAUUAAUAACCUCAAACUGAAGAUUAUUGUGUUUUUCCCCAACAUUUUAAAUAGCGUUGAGAAAAGACAGCCUUUGCGAACACAAAUUGCUGUUCACAAGCUUGAUAUUAACAAUUUGUCUGUUUUCAGGACUGAUGGCUCCAGAGUGACAUGCCAUGGCUCUGAUGAUCCCCCCGGUGAAGCUCAAAUGGCUGGAGCACCUGAACAGCUCGUGGAUCACGGAGGACAGCGAGUCGAUCGCCACACGGGAGGGAGUGUCGGUGCUGUACUCGAAGCUGCUGGCCAACAAAGAGGCCGUGCUGCUGCCCCAGCAGGUGCUGUGUCUGAAAGGGCCCCAGCUCCCGGACUUUGAGCGUGAAUCCCUCUCCAGCGAUGAGCAGGAGCACUACCUGGACGCGCUACUCAGCAGCCAGUUGGCCUUGGCCAAGAUGGUCUGCUCCGACUCUCCCUUCGCUGCAGCCCUGCGCAAACGUGUGCUGGUGCUCCAGCGCAUCUUCUACGCACUUUCCAACAAGUACCACGACAAAGGAAAGGUCAAGCAGCAGCAGCACUCUCCAGAGAACAACUCGGGCUCGGCCGAUCUGCACUCUGUCAGCGAGCGGCCGCGCUCCAGCACGGACGCCCUCAUCGAGAUGGGCGUCCGCACGGGCCUCAGCCUUCUUUUUGCUCUGCUGCGCCAGAGCUGGAUGAUGCCUCCUCCACCCAGCCCCGGCGGAGGUGCCGGAGGCAACAUAAACUUGUGUAACGAUGUCAUUCACACGGCCAUCGACGUGGUCAGCUCCCUGCCGCCCCUCUCUCUGGCCAACGAGAGCAAGAUCCCGCCAAUGGGCCUGGACUGCCUGGCCCAGGUCACCACUUUCCUGAAGGGGGUGACCAUGCCAAACUCUGGGGCGGACAUUUUAGGGCGACGGCUUGCCUCCGAGCUGCUGCUGGGGCUGGCCUCCCAGAGGGGCUCCCUGCGCUACCUGCUGGAGUGGAUCGAGAUGGCCUUGGCUGCAUCAGCCCUGGUCAGUGCUAUGGAGGAGAAUAAGGUGCUACAGAACCAAGAAGGGCUCAUCGGAUAUGAUUGUUUCAUGAACAUCCUCAUGCAGAUGAGGCGCUCUUUGGGCUCCUCAGCAGAUCGCAGCCAGUGGAGAGAACCCACACGGACCACUGAUGGCUUGUGCUCAUUGUAUGAGGCAGCACUGUGUCUCUUAGAAGAAGUAUGUCGAAUGGCGUCGGACUACUCUCGCACCUGCGUCAGCCCAGACAGCAUCCAGACCGGCGAGGCGCCCGUGGUGUCUGAGACCUGUGAGGUCUACGUGUGGGGCAGUAACAGCAGCCACCAGCUGGUGGAGGGAACGCAGGAGAAGAUCCUGCAGCCCAAGCUGGCCGCGAGCUUCGCCGACGCACAGACCAUUGAGGCGGGCCAGUACUGCACUUUUGUGAUCUCGUCCGAUGGCUCCGUCCGGGCCUGCGGUAAAGGCAGCUACGGCCGUCUGGGCCUCGGAGACUCCAACAACCAGUCGACGCUCAAGAAGCUCACCUUUGAGCCCCACCGCGCCAUCAAGAAGGUGUCGUCGUCCAAGGGCUCCGACGGCCACACGCUGGCCUUCACCACGGAGGGCGAGGUGUUCAGCUGGGGCGACGGUGACUACGGCAAACUGGGUCACGGGAACAGCUCAACACAGAAAUACCCCAAACUGAUCCAGGGGCCACUCCAGGGGAAGGUGGUGGUGUGUGUGUCUGCCGGCUACAGACACAGUGCUGCAGUCAGUGAGGAUGGAGAGCUGUACACGUGGGGUGAAGGAGAUUUUGGAAGAUUAGGUCACGGUGACAGCAACAGCCGAAACAUUCCUACCCUGGUUAAAGACAUCAGCAACGUGGGAGAGGUGUCGUGUGGCAGCUCUCAUACCAUCGCUCUGUCCAAGGAUGGACGCACCGUGUGGUCCUUCGGAGGAGGAGACAACGGAAAACUCGGUCACGGUGAUACCAAUCGAGUCUACAAGCCAAAAGUAGUGGAAGCCCUGCAGGGAAUGUUCAUCAGGAAAGUGUGUGCAGGAAGCCAGUCGUCUCUCGCCUUAACCUCCACCGGACAGGUGUACGCGUGGGGCUGCGGUGCUUGUCUGGGAUGUGGUUCCUCUGAGGCCACAGCUCUCAGACCCAAACUGAUCGAGGAGCUGGCUACCACCAGGGUGGUGGACAUCUCCAUCGGGGACAGUCACUGCCUGGCCCUGUCGCAUGACAAUGAAGUGUACGCAUGGGGCAACAACUCCAUGGGCCAGUGUGGCCAGGGGAACUCCACGGGGCCGAUCACCAAACCCAAGAAGGUGGUGGGUCUGGACGGAGUCGCUAUUCAGCAGAUCUCAGCCGGAACGUCCCACAGCCUGGCAUGGACCGCCCUGCCCAGAGACAGGCAGGUGGUGGCUUGGCACAGGCCCUACUGUGUCGACCUGGAGGAAAGCACCUUCUCCCACUUGCGCUCCUUCCUCGAGCGCUACUGUGACGGCAUCAACAGUGAAGUCCCUCCUCUUCCGUUCCCCUCAUCCAGGGAGCAUCAUAACUUCCUCAAGCUGUGCCUUCGGCUUUUGUCCAAUCAUCUGGCUCUGGCUCUGGCCGGGGGCGUGGCCACCAGCAUCUUAGGUCGGCAGGCCAGACCCCUGAGGAACCUGCUCUUCAGACUGAUGGACUCCUCAGUGCCUGACGAGAUUCAGGAGGCGGUGAUCGAGACUCUGUCGGUGGGGGCGACCAUGCUGCUGCCUCCGCUGAGAGAGAGGAUGGAGCUCCUUCACUCCUUGCUGCCUCAGGGCCCUGACAGAUGGGAGAGUCUCUCCAAAGGACAGAGGAUGCAGCUCGACAUAAUCCUGACCAGCCUCCAGGACCACACCCACGUGGCCUCGCUCCUGGGCUACAGCUCUCCGGCCGACGGGCCCGAGGGUCUCUGCUCCGGCCCGGGCUUCACGGCCGCCCCAGACCCGACGUACAGCGACACGGCGGGACACCCUGACACCCACCUGGCCGAGAUCCUCAUGAAGACGCUGCUCAGGAACCUGGGCUUCUAUACCGUGAGUAGAUGUUUGCUGCAGCUCUUAUCGGAGAGUUCGCUCUUAUUGAUUUCAGUGUGUGUGCCGCUCGAUAACAAACCAUUAUCUGAGAGAUCAUUAACGAUCUGUUUGGAAUAGACCAAGGCAGACGUUACUCAGGAAGGAAGCGCUGUUGUUUCACUCUCUCCAUCUCCCUCAUUGCUCCUCUUAAUACUAGAGUGCUGGAGGCGGAGCAUGACGCAUAUAUAAUCCUUGUUUAUCAUCACCUGCUGCGAAGCAGUGGCUUAUUCCUGUGCCUCGUUCUCUAAAGACGACUUUUAUUGAUUGUAGCACG